AUGGCCCCCAACAAGAACAACAACAAGAACGACCAGCCCGAAGUCCUCGGUGCUGUGUCCAAGGGAAGCAUACGCUUCAACUCUCGGGCAGCUAGCCUGCCCGAGAAACGGGGUCAAUCUCUGGUGGCUGAACAAAGCUCAUUCGCAAAGAAGUCCAAGGUUGAGAUGAUGUGGUCUUUUAUGACCAAGGCGAGCGAGGGCGAGGAGAAGAAGAUAAAUGAGGGUGAGGGUGAAACUCAAUGUGGCUCAUGGGGUCAUUAA